AUGGACCAACUCGCCCGUCAUCUGCUAGACAAAGAAGCCAAGGAGUUCAUUGACUUGAAUGAGUCGGCUUUGACCCAAAAUAGGGCAGCUACAAUAUCUGUUUCCCUCUUUACGAGCGCAUCUGGCGAGAGCCCCGAUGUCGAGUCAACUGAGAGAGUUGAACAAUGGAUGGUUCGGAUCCCUUUACUACGGCGUCUCGCAUUUCCUGAGGAGAAGACGCGCGGCGAGAUUGCAACGAUGAAGUAA